GUCUGAGCCCGACAAUGAGGCCGGGGACUGAAGCCGAGCGUGGAGGCCUCAUGAUGGGGCAUCCUGGCAUGCAUUAUGCACCAAUGGGAAUGCACCCAAUGGGUCAGAGAGCAAACAUGCCUCCUGUACCUCAUGGAAUGAUGCCACAGAUGAUGCCCCAUGGGGGGCCUCCAAUGGGACAAAUGCCUAGAAUGAUGUCUUCAGUAAUGUCAGGAAUGAUGAUGUUUCAUAUGUCUCAGGCGUCCAUGCAACCUGCCUUACCGCCUGGAGUAAAUAGUAUGGAUGUAGCAGCAGGUGCAGCAUCUGGUGCAAAAUCAGUGUGGACCGAACAUAAAUCACCUGAUGGAAGGACUUACUAUUACAAUACUGAAACAAAACAGUCUACCUGGGAAAAACCAGAUGAUCUUAAAACCCCUGCUGAGCAACUCUUGUCUAAAUGCCCAUGGAAAGAGUACAAAUCUGAUUCUGGGAAGCCUUAUUACUAUAAUUCUCAAACGAAAGAGUCCCGCUGGGCCAAACCCAAGGAACUUGAGGAUCUUGAAGGAUACCAGAAUACCAUUGUUGCUGGAGGUCUUAUUACAAAAUCAAACCUGCAUGUUAUGAUCAAAGCUGAGGAAAGCAGCAAGAAAGAAGAAUGUACUACAGCAUCAACAGCCCCAGUUCCUGCAACAGAAAUUCCUACCACUAUGAGCACCAUGGCUGCGGUAGAAGCAGCGGCUGCUGUUGUUGCAGCUGCUGCAGCUACCGCAGCAGCUGCUAAUGCCAAUACUUCCACUACUAAUACUGUGGGAAGUGUUCCCGUUGCUCCUGAGCCUGAAGUUACUUCCAUUGUUGCUACUGUUGUAGAUAAUGAAAAUACAGCUAUUCAUUGGACUAUUUGGGAGAUCCAGCUGACCUAUGUGUCCACCAACAGUUUCUCUUUGUUCACGUCCAGUGAUAAUGUCUGA